UCAAGAUGCUCAAUUGAUGGGCGUACAGAGCGCUGCGCUGAAGGAGAUGCCUUUUAUGCGUUUGACUGUAGCAAAACAAAAGCAUGUUUCUUGUUGUUUGUGGAGAGACUUUUCCUCCGGGCUCAGCUGCCUCUUCAAUCCGCGCGUCCAGAGCCUCCGGGAGGAUCCUGAACGCGCAGAGCUGGUGACAGGAGAACAACACCAGGCACAGGCUCAGUGCUAGCAGCUCGCAGGACUGUGUUACUCCAAGUGUCUGCUCCCAGGAACGCGCACAGAGCACGGUCCGGACAGGGUGAGCUCCACUUCUUGGACUAUCUGCUGAGAUGCACCUGCCGUGGAGACGCGCGCGCGGAUGCAGCGGUGGAUCGUGCCUCGGACAGUCAUAAAACAACCGUCUAUUUACUCUGAGGUGCGUGUUAGGGCAGCGCGGGGCUUGUACUUUGACAUCCACACCGCCUGAACGUCCAGCUGCGUGUCUGUGACAGCUGAUGGCCCCUCCUCUCCCAGGACUUGAAUAAAAACGCGCUCCAUCUGUGUCCGCGCCGCGUCCUGGAGCUGCUUCGUCUCAACUGUGUGUAACAAUAGACCAGGCUCCGGUUACACUCGCUCUUUGCGUCCACACGCUCGUCUUUGACCGGUUUCUUCUUUGUUAAAGGCGACGUGCUUUGACUCGUGCUGUUUCCUCUGGACCGUGGAGCCUAAUCCAUUUCGCACUGAUUUGAAAAAAAAAAAGAUUCAACUCGUCCAUUCGUCGUUGUGGUUUUGUGUUCGCGGUGAUGCCAGAGCGCGGCGCCUCUCUGCACUGCUCCUCGUGCUGUUUGAUACUUUUAAAGCCGUGGCACCGGAUGAUCCUUGAGUAGCCGGUGGAAUAAUGAGCGCCGCGGUGUCACCAGUGGCUUGAGCUGCAGAGGAUUUGUGUAGAUUAUCGCUGGACUGCUAUUUUGCGCGCUGGGUCACACUCUUAAGCGAAUUUAGCGGCUUUUGAUGUGUUGCCUUUUCCCUGCUGCCCUGUGAAUCAACUGAGGAACACUGUUUACCAGCUGUACUCCGGUCUUUACGCGCAGAGAGAGAGAGGGGGGGAGGGAGUGCGCUCCAGCCAUGCCUGCUCCAGAGGUGUUUAUAUCCACGUCUGAGGACAGGACGCGUUUGGAGCUGCCGUCACCCAGUGGAUCCAGUGAAAUGAUCCAGUGAAAUGACCCGUGCAGCUGUAACUCUGUAGCUCUGAUGAUGCCAGCGGCGUGACCGGGACAAGCACAGCCCCCUCAGCAGCGCCACACACGCGGCACAUCGUACACUUUUACGCGCGGACACCGGAGGAUGUUUGAGGGAGGAUGUUGCGCUUUCCCGUGAAGAAGAUCCGGAAGCAGUUUAAGCUCCUUCUGCUCCUGGUGCUGCUCACCUCAGCUGUGUGGUUUACUUACCUGCACAUCAACCAGGGCAAGACUAUCAAACUCCACUUCAAUUACGGGAAAGAUGGAGAGAGGCAGACGGAAGGGACCGACGCCAGCCGCAAGAGGGACACGCGCUCGUCGGCCGGACACCACAAGAGCGAAGACGCCAGCGACAGCCGGGAGGACGAGGGAGCGGACGACGAGCCAAUCCGAGGCGGGGCGGACGGCAGGAGCAGCGCGCACCUUCGAAAGUUCCUCAACCAGCACCACAAAAAGUUACCAUGGAAACCCGAGUAUAAAGGCCAGGCCAAUCUGCACGUCUUUGAGGACUGGUGUGGCUCAUCGGUGGCACAGCUACGAAAGAAUUUGCACUUUCCUCUUUACCCCCAUACCAGGACCACAGUGAAGAAACUGGCAGUCGCACCAAAGUGGAAAAACUACGGCCUGAGAGUCUUCGGCUUCCUUCACCCUUACAGAGACGGUGACUUCCAGUUCUCCGUGUCCUCCGACGAUAACUCAGAGUUUUGGCUGAGCUCGGAUGAGAGUCCUCUUAACGCUCGCCUGCUCGUUUACGUGGGACAGCUGGGCACAGAGUGGACCGCUCCCGGCGAGUUCAACAAGUUCAGAUCACAGUCGUCCAAAUCUGUGCACCUGAUUUCUUCAAGACGGUACUACUUCGAAAUCCUCCACAAGCAGGACGACAAGGGGUCAGAUCAUGUGGAAGUUGGGUGGCGUCCAUUUCUGCCCGGUCUGAAGUACGAGGUGAUCGACUCUGCCUACAUCUCCUUAUACACAGAUGAGUCGACUUUGAAGAUGAACAGCGUGGAGCACAUCCCCCAGACCUUGGCCAGUCACAUCCAUCUCCCGGAGCAGUCGGCGCCUCCGAGCUCUCAGCACGGGGCCGACAUGCUGAAGCCAGACCCGAGGGACACCUUCUAUAGCAUCCCGAUGAUCGACCCCGCUCGCCUGGAGAACGUGCUGCCCGCCUGCCUCUACUCCCCGACCUACGUGGUCAAAGACUUCCCCAUCGCGCGAUACCAGGGUCUGCAGUUUGUGUAUCUGUCGUUCGUAUACCCCAACGACUUCACACGUCUGACACAUAUGGAGCGAGAGAACAAGUGUUUCUACAGAGAGUCUCCCAUCUACUUGGAAAGGUUUGGCUUCUACAAAUACAUGAAGAUGGAUGAGGAGGAGGAUGACAGGCCGUUCUUUUUCCCCAACCCAGAUGAUUUCCUUGAGGAAGAAGAAGUCGUAGACACCGAAGACGAAGCCGAGAUUGUUGGUACUCCUCCGCCCAAAAAACCCAGCCAAACCAGCCACACUGCCAAUCCCGAACAUUCCCGUCGCGCGAGGCCGGCUCCUCCUACCACCGGCGCCAGAGAACCAGAGGAAGAGGAGGCGGACGAGGAUGAAGACGCGCUGAACCGGAUCAUGCAACGGAGAGGAAGACGGCACUUUGUAGAUCGGGAUAGAGAGUGGGUACGAGGAAACAUGGGAAAAGUGCCUUCGGAAAUCCAACGUGGCGCUUUCCAGUCAGAUGCGUACAGCGUGGUGCGUGGCCGAUCCCUGUCGUGGAUCCGAACCGGUCCGGAAGAACCGGAAGGAGACAAGGAUCCGGACUCUCCGCCUAAACUUAACAAAAAUUCCUUACUCUUCCCGCAAAAAUCCCACCUUUCUGUCCUCGCAAACCGUGCCAAGCAAAUCCUCACCAACUCCGCCCAUAGCAACAACCUCCAUGACAACAAAAAGAAAGAGGAGACUAAAAUCUACAUAACGAGACCUCGACCGGCUAAAGAAAGAGAACGGGAACGCCGGGAGAGGAGGGAGGAGCGGGAAAAGGCGUCCAGGCAUCCCCGAGAAGUUUUCCCCGGAGUGUUUUUGUAUCAGAACGGGAAAACGACCAAACUUGUCAAUGUAGGAGCGAAGGGACACACAACGGGAGGAAGGAAUUACGUUAGUCCACCUCUCUGGCCUCCGUUAAAAGAUAAAACCGGUCCUCAAAAUGGCAGCAUACAGAACGGAAGUGUGCACAAGUCCGUCGUGGAAAAGCAGAUAGAGAAAAUGAAAAGAAAAGGGGAUUAUCACGGUAUAAAGAAAACGGUUACGCCUCUACCUCCUUUAAACACGACGCACAACGCACAAAUACGCGUCACGUCUUACCUCAGAACUUCCGAAAUCACAGAAUCACAUCCGAGGGACCAAGACCCGAAUCAACCGGAAUUCGACCCGGAAAUAAACAGAUCCAACCCAGAUCCAGACCAAGAACCGGACGUAGAGCCGGAGCCGGAGGAAGGGGAGUUGUCGGACUACAGUUACGAGGAGGUGGAGCCGAGGCCGGGGUGGGCGGAGGAAAGCAUCAACUGGCAACGCACUUUCUCUGUGAACCCCAUGGACUUUGAGCUGCUGAGGUCCGACUGGAACGACCUGCGAUGUAACGUGUCGGGGAACCUGCAGCUGGCGGAGAGCGAGGUCGUGGACGUGUUGGCGCAGUACAUGGAGAAGCUCAACGAACGCAACGGAGGGAUCUACACCCUCCUGCGGAUCAUAAACGUGGAGAAGCGGCGUGACUCCGCUCGGGGGAACCGGUACCUGGUGGAGCUGGAGCUGAUGGAGCGCGGCCGCAGCGUGGUGCGACUGUCUGAAUAUAUUUACCUGCUUUUGCAUCGCAGCAGACAGGGAGACGAGAGCCCGGAGAACACUGACUCUAUACUGGCGUCUGCUCCUGCUGCCGCCCCCUCCGCCGCCGCCGCACCCGGCCACGUCACCCAGCCCCCGCCCCCCUCCAACAAGCCCCCCGCUCGCUCCGGACCCACCGCCUGGAGCACUGCCUACGCCAAACCCCUGCUCUGCCAGCCUGUCAUGCUGCAGUGGAGGAGAGAUGUAAUGGUUCACUUCGUUGUGCCAGUGAAAAACCAGGCUCGCUGGGUCCAACAGUUUAUCUCCGACAUGGAGAAUCUCCAUCGUCAGACCAAGGACGACAACUUCAGCGUGAUUAUCGUGGACUUUGAGAGUGAGGACAUGGAUGUGGAGCAGGCGCUGAGAGAGAGCAGUGUCCCCAGAUAUGAGUAUCUCAGGAGAGAAGGAAACUUUGAGCGCUCGGCUGGACUUCAGAUCGGGGUUGACACGAUAGAAGACAGUCACAGUAUCGUGUUCCUGUGUGACCUGCACAUUCACUUCCCCAUGAACAUCCUGGAGAGCAUCAGGAAACACUGUGUGGAGGGACGUCUGGCCUUCGCCCCCAUCGUCAUGAGGCUGAGCUGUGGCAGCUCCCCACACGAGCCUGACGGUUACUGGGAGGUCAACGGAUUUGGCCUUUUUGGAAUCUACAAGUCUGAUUUUGAUAAGAUCGGAGGGAUGAACACAGAGGAAUUUAAAGAUCGCUGGGGAGGAGAGGACUGGGAGCUGCUGGACAGAGUGUUGCAAAAUGGAUUAGAAGUGGAGCGGCUCCGUUUGAGGAACUUUUUCCACUACUACCACUCCAAACGGGGCAUGUGGAACGCGCAGAACAAGAAAAGCCCUAAAGGAUAGCACCGCCCCCUCUGGUCAGGAGGCCAAAGGACAGCAGAUCCACUGUGAGCGAGGGAGCGCUUAAACUCCUUUAGGAAACAAGCCUGUGUUUCACCAUCGUCCCGUGCGGCGCAGAGGAGGAAAUGGACCAGGAUUUUGAAAGCGUCGUGUUUACGCAUUUUGACUUAUGACAUUGCCUCACUGACUCUACUACUGUCCACAGAGAGGACUUUUUGGGCGGCUUCUCUCUGUCCUUUUUGGUGCAAUCUUUAAACACAGACGGUCAAUCAGCUGCGUGUGUGUGCGAGUGUGUACGAGUGCGUGUGCGUGUGCGUUUGUGGGUCUGAUUUUGUGUCCAGCACCUUUUGUACAAGGGGACAUGAAGACAACCUAAGAUCUUUUCUGCGAGUGCUUAACUGAAUGUGUCGACAUGUUACUCCAGUAGAUUCAGAACUGGUGCCGUAGGUGAAAUAGGAAACUGUUUUUCAUCAAAAAUAUUUCUUAAUGAACUACUACCUGUUGAAUAUCAUUAAUACAGUGAUGUUUGUAAAGCACUCCUGGUACGUAGGUCGUGGCUUAUCACAUCAGAGAUUUAGUUAUUAGCCAGGACUCUGCUGAACUUCCCAUUCAUGCGACUCUCAUGUUUUUAUUUAUGUAUUUAUGUUUCAGAGGAUAUUUGGCUUUGCUGCUAUUGGAGUUUCACAUGCAGAUUAUAUUAUAUUAUAUUAUUAUGGCAUAUUACGUCCGGGAGACUUGUUUUAAAUUAACUUCAGGGUUUUGUCAGAUUAUUUAAAUUUGAUUUUAUUCUCAUGGCUUUGUACAUAGUUGAUGUACUAAUGAUCGGGUGCUUUAGUUCUCAUACACUGUACUUGUGAACCGUUUACACGUUUAACUCUGCUAAUGAUGUCCUUAAGAGCACCAAAAUGAUAAAAAUAAGCUUUCAUAAAAUGGCCUAAUUACUGGACUUUACAAAUAGGACCUUAAUAUAAACUGUAACUUUAAAACGCAAAAACAGAUGAGUGAAAUAUUGUUAUCAAAAGGGUUAGAUUCGCGGUACUGUGUAGGACGAGAGGCACGUCGUCCCGCUGAGAGUGCCUUGUUUUGCAGCAUCGCUGGAGGAUAGAAAUGAUGCCGUCCCAGCUCUGAGCAAGAGAUUAUGGAUAGAUACACUGCCUGGCCAUAAAGAAAAGAGUCGCCACCUGGAUUUAACUAAGCAAAUGGGUCCGAUUCAGCAACAAUCUGCGCUCAAAAACCUGAAUAUACUGAAUGACCAGGUUAUUCCAUCAGUGGAUUUUUGGGCAUAUUCCAAGAUGACGAUGCCAGGAUUCGUUGAGCUCAAAUUCGUUGAGUGGAUCAGGAGCAUGAGACGUCAUUUUCACACAUGGAUUGUCCACCGCAGAGUCCAGACCUUAACCCCAUUGAGAAUCUUUGGGAUGAGCUGGAGAAGCUUUGAGCAGCGUCAGACUCGACCAUCAUCAGUGCAACAGGUGAAAAAUUAACGCAACACUGGAUGGAAAUAAAUGUUGUGACGUUGCAGAAGCGAAAUCCAAACAAUGCCACAGGUCGUCCAAGUGUGUGAUCUUAUUUUUUUUUUUUGACCAGGCAGUGUAUUUUAAACUAUUUAUAGUGUCAGGAUCUCGUCUAAGCCCAGAGCUGAGGAUGGUCAGAGUUACUACUGUAAACAGGACGCCCGAUGGAGACGUCCCGGCAGCUGCAGCUCCUGUUCGUUUAGCUGAAAUCUCUAUGACCCUGUUCAUGUAACGCAGUAUUUCUAUCAGACAGUCGCAGGGUGAAGUGAUUACUGACUGUAGGAUUGUUCCAGCGCCCUCUAGGUCACUGUUGUUGCCAUAAAGUUGUAAACUGUUCAACCUUUAGCAUUUCUAUUUAUAAAUGACAAAACAAAUAGGAAUAAAUGCAAGUAAAUACAUUUCAAAAACAAAUGGGACGACAUUCCAAAGUAAUUUCUGUGAAAUUGUUUUGUAGAGAGUGGGUUUAAGAAUGUAUUGUUCCUUUAUUUCAAUCUGUUUUUUUGCAAAUAAAAUGUAUUAUCCUCACAGUCAUUCUUUUCAAGCUUUUAUUAGUUUUUUGUCUUGUGCAUAUUCUCUCCUGGUUUCAUCAUCUUUCUCUUCAUCCUGCACAGCAUCACAUGAAAAUGGUACUUGUUGCCUUCAAUGUCCACAAGAGGGUGCUGUUGGCAUUCUGACGCUUUUGUAAAGUGUAGCUGAUACUUUCAUACUGUGUUCAAAGAAAUAAAUAAUUAUAG